CGUAUAUAAGGCAGGCGGGUUAAGCGCCAGCCGCCAUUUUGUCCAGUGAGGAAAAGCGGAGCUGGGGUCUCUCUGAGGGGUCGAGUCGGCUGAGUUUAGCGCGGGCUCCCUUCGCGCGCCCUCCCUCUGAGCAUCGCAAUGCAUCGCGACUCUUGUCCGCUGGACUGCAAGGUUUAUGUGGGUAACCUUGGAAACAAUGGCAACAAAACGGAAUUAGAGCGAGCCUUUGGCUACUAUGGACCACUGCGCAGUGUGUGGGUGGCGAGAAAUCCUCCCGGUUUUGCCUUUGUGGAAUUCGAAGAUCCACGAGAUGCAGCUGAUGCAGUAAGAGAACUAGAUGGAAGAACGCUGGAGGGGGGCCGGCGUCCCCGGGAUGACUAUCGCAGGAGGAGUCCUCCCCCUCGGCGCAGAUCACCACGAAGGAGAAGCUUCUCCCGGAGCCGCAGCAGGUCCCUCUCCAGAGACAGAAGAAGAGAGAGAUCGCUCUCACGGGAGAGGAACCACAAGCCUUCUCGCUCCUUUUCCAGGUCUCGCAGUCGCUCCAGGUCAAAUGAGAGGAAAUAGGACUGUGGGAAGGAGCUGUGUACAGGAAGUCAGGAGAUCCGAGGCCAGGAGUAUGUACAGAACAUUGUUUUGUUUCGAAACUUCAUAAAGCUUGGUGCAUUUUUAAAAUGUUUUAGCUGUUGAACUUGCUUUGUUCCUUGUAUCUUGUAACAGGUGGCAAAUGUAAAGAUGUGAAUCUGUAUAUGGUUCUGAGCAGAUCCUAUGAUUUGUAUUAUUAAUGGUUUUCCAAUGUACCAUCAGACAUGGUUUGUGUGUGUGUGGAAUGGUAAAUGGUCUGUGUCCGUAGCUGGGGGGGUUUGCUGGGGCUCAGCUCUCAAGGGAGUGUGCUGGGAUGGUGUGUUCCUUGUGGAAUUGUGGCCUGGAGCAGAGCAGGAUGUGGGUGCUCCAUAGCCCAGUUGCAGGGAAGAGUCAGAGCAGCGAGCCAGUGGCACGGGGAGGGAAGGGCUGGGCUGCAGUUUCAUCCAGCUCCAGUUCUGACUGCAUUACUUGGAACUGAGCUGCUUUAUAUUCCAUGAAUUACAAAUUUUUAGCUGUAGGAUCAGUUAAUUUUGUACUUGGUGUGAGUAGAGUCCUUAAUUAGCCGGUUGUUGAUUGACCAUCUAUUCCAGAACCUCUGAAUAGACCAAAUCCACAAGCAGAACUGACACCUGGAGUGGAUGUGUUAAGUGUCUAAUGGUACAUUGUAAACUUUAGGAGUAAAACAUUUCUUUACUGUACAAGACUUUUCAUGUCACUUGUAAAAUGUCUUUUGUGAGAUCCUUGGGAUUAAAGUUUUGGUUACAACUC